UCCAUUGUCAUAUCACACUGUCCCAGCACUGCUAUAUAUAAAACUGUGCCGUGUGCCGGCUCCAGGAUCGCGGUCUUCUCUGUCCUCACUGAGCAGAGGGCAAGAAGACACCGAGGACCCCUCUCCCUCGGGAUCGGGAUCUGCUCCCUAAUUGGACACAGCUGCUUUUCAGGAAGAAGAGUCUGCCCACUGAGAGGACCCUCAGCAGCCUGCAAACCCCACACCAGGCCCUUUCCAGCCAAGGGGUCUUGAAGGUUGUCGAUCUCGCAGCCAUGACUUUGCCCCACAACCCUGGAGGUGGGGGGGAGCCCCAGAACCCCCAAGCCGUGCAGGUUCACAGGCUGGAGCACAGACGGGAGGAGGAACAGAAGGAGCAGCGGCAGCACAGCUUGCACAUGGGCUCCUCGGUGCGCAGGCGGACCUUCCGCAGCAGCGAAGAAGAGCAUCAGUUCAGCGCCGCCGACUACGCGCUGGCCGCCGCCCUGGCUCUGACGGCCUCCUCGGAGCUGACCUGGGAAGCCCGGCUGAGGCGCCAGACCUCGGCCGUGGAGCUGGAGGAGCGUGGGCAGAAGCGGGUGCGCUUCGCCAACGCCUGGGAGCGCGCCGAGGCCGGCUACCUGCGCACCCACCGGCUGCUGCGCCAGCGGCGGGACCGGAGGGCGCUGCGGCAGCGGACAGAGGAGAAGAUCCGGGAGGCCAAGGAGCUGCGGGAGCUGUGUGCUGGCCGGGGACCCUGGUUCUGGAUCCCCCUCCGCUCCCACGCCGUCUGGGAGCACACCACGGUCCUGCUGACCUGCACCGUCCAGGGCUCGCCUCCGCCCCAGGUCACCUGGUACAAGGGCGAUGUGCCCAUCGAUCCCCGCCUCUUUCCUGCUGGCAAGUACCACAUCACCAACAACUACGGGCUGCUGGCCCUGGAGAUCAGGAGAUGCACCAUGGAGGACUCGGCCACCUACACAGUGAAGGUGAAGAACGCUUACGGUCAGGCCUCCUCCUUCGCCAAAGUCCUUGUCCGCACUUACCUGGGGAAGGAGGCUGGCUUCGAUUCAGAGAUCUUUAAAAGAGCGAUGUUUGGCCCCAGCGUGGAUUUCACAUCGGUGCUGCGGCCCGUCUUUGCCCGUGAGAAGGAGCCUUUCUCCCUGUCCUGCCUCUUUUCUGACGAUGUGUCAGACGCCGAACAGAACAUCCAGUGGUUCCGAGACGGCAGGGCCCUGAGAUCCUCAAGACGCUGGCAAAUCCUCUACGCGGACCGCCAGGCUUCCCUGAAAGUGACCUGUGCCUACAAGGAGGAUGAGGGGCUGUACAGCAUCCGGGUGCCUUCAGCGACGGGGCCCCGCGAGCAGAGCGCCUAUGUGUUUGUGAGAGAUGCUGCAGCUGAGACACCGGGGGCCCCAGGCUCCCCGCUGAAUGUCCGGUGCCUGGAAGUGAACAGAGACUGCCUCAUCCUGACCUGGGCCCCGCCCAGCGAUACCCGGGGCAACCCCAUCACCGGCUACGCCAUCGAGCUGUGCCAGGGCGACUCUGAGGAGUGGGUGCCUUGCCAUGAGGCCCCUGGGAGCACCUGCCGGUGCCCAAUCCAAGGCCUCCUCGAAGGCCAGAGCUACCGAUUCCGUGUGAGAGCCAUCAGCAAGGCAGGCAGCAGCCUCCCCUCCAAGGCCUCAGAAGUAGUUGUCAUGGGCCCCCGCGAUGCCGUCCACAGGAAGACAGAGAUCCCUUUUGACCUGGGCAGCAAGAUCACCAUCAGCAUGGACGACUUUGAAGAUGCCGUGACCAUCCCCUUGCCCCCGACCAAUGUCCAUGCCAGCGAGAUCCGGGAGGCCUACGUGAUUCUGAGCUGGGAAGAACCAAGGCCCCGAGGCAAAGCCCCACUGACCUAUGCCCUGGAGAAGUCGGUCAUAGGGAGUGGCACCUGGGAGACGAUCAGCUCAGAAACCCCGGUGAAGUCUCCAAGGUUUGCCCUCCUGAACCUGGAGAAAGGGAAGUCAUACGUCUUCAGAGUGCGGGCCAUGAACCAAUACGGCAUAAGCGACCCCUCAGAGCCCAGUGAACCCAUCGCCCUGAGAGGCAAGAAAGCCACUCUCCCUCCUCCGGCUCAAGUUCAAGCUUUCCGAGACACACAGACCUCUGUGUCCCUGACCUGGGAUCCUGUGGACGGUGGCGCCGAGCUCUUGGGAUAUUACAUCUACUCUCGGGAGGCAGGAUCAUCUGAAUGGCAGACAGUCAACAACAAACCCAUCCAGGGCAGCAGGUUUACAGUUCCAGGGCUGAGGACAGGGAAGGAGUACGAGUUCUGUGUCCGGUCCGUCAGUGAGGCCGGUGUGGGUGACAGCUCAGCCCCCACGGAGCCCAUCAGGGUCAAGCAGGCCCUGGCCACCCCGUCAGCCCCGUAUGAUUUUGCCCUCCUGCACUGCGGGAAGAAUGAAAUGGUCAUUGGGUGGAAACCCCCCAAGCGUCGUGGAGGUGGCAAGAUCCUGGGCUACUUCCUGGACCAGCAUGACUCAGAGGAGCCAGACUGGCACCCGGUCAACCAGCAGCCAGUCCCCAGCCGGGUCUGCAAGGUCAGCGACCUCCAUGAAGGCCACUUCUAUGAGUUCCGUGCCCGAGCAGUAAACUGGGCAGGUGUUGGUGAGCUGUCGGCACCGAGCAGCCUGUUUGAGUGCAAAGAGUGGACAAUGCCCCAGCCAGGCCCCCCGUAUGAUGUGCAGGCAUCCGAAGUGCGGGCCACCUCCCUGAUGCUGCAGUGGGAGCCCCCCAUCUACACAGGGGCGGGACCGGUCACGGGCUAUUGCAUCAGUGUCCAGGAGGAAGGCUCUGAGGAGUGGAAGCAGAUCACCCCACACCCCGUCUCUGCCACCCACUUCAGGGUAUCUGACCUGCAGACAGGGAAGAAGUACGUGUUCCAGGUGCAGGCCAUGAACUCAGCUGGGCUGGGACAACCAUCGAUGCCCACUGACCCUGUGCUCCUGGAGGACAAGCCAGAUGCCCAUGAGAUCGAGGUUGGCGUGGAUGAGGAAGGCCAGAUCUACAUGGCUUUCGAAGCCCCUGAGGCCCCCGAUGACUCAGAGUUUCAGUGGUCCAAGGAUUACAAGGGUCCACCCGACCCCCAAAGGGUCAAGGUGGAGGAUGGAGUUAACAAGUCCAAGAUCAUCCUGAAAGAACCUGACCUUCAGGAUCUGGGCACCUACUCAGUGACAGUCACCGAUGCUGAUGAGGACAUCUCUGCCAGCCACACGCUGACUGAGGAAGAGCUGGACAAGCUGAAGAAGUUGAGCCAUGAGAUCAGAAACCCAGUAAUCAAACUGAUCUCCGGCUGGAACAUUGACAUCCUGGAGCGAGGGGAGGUGCGGCUGUGGCUGGAGGUAGAGAAGCUGUCUCCGGCCGCGGAGCUGCACCUCAUCUUCAACGAGAAGGAGAUCUUCAGCUCACCGAACCGCACAAUCAAUUUUGACCGUGAGAAGGGCUUGGUUGAGGUGAUCAUCCAGCAAUUGACAGAGGAUGAUAAAGGCUCCUACACUGCGCAGCUCCAGGAUGGAAAAGCCAAAAACCAGAUCACCCUGGCCCUGGUGGACGACGAUUUCGACCAGCUUCUGAGGAAGGCGGAUGCCAAGAGAAAAGACUGGAAGAGAAAACAGGGUCCCUACUUCCAGGAACCUUUGCAGUGGAAGGUCACCGAGGACUGCCAAGUGCUGCUGACGUGCAAGGUGACCAAUACCAAGAAGGAGACUCGCUUUCAGUGGUUUUUCCGGAAGAGAGAGGUGCCAGAUGGUCAGUAUGACCCGCAGACUGGUGAAGGGUUAAUUCGCAUUGAAGAGUUGUCCAAAGAGGACAAGGGGAUCUACAGAGCAGAGGUUUCCGAUGAUCGCGGGGAGGACGACACCAUCCUGGACCUCACAGGUGAAGACCUGGAUGCCAUCUUCACUGAGCUGGGCAGGAUCAGUGCCCUCUCCGCGACUCCACUGAAGAUCCAGGGAACUGAGGAGGGCAUCCGGAUCUUCAGCAAGGUCAAGUACUACAACGUGGACUACAUGAAAACCACCUGGUUCCACAAAGACAAGCGCCUGGAGAGCGGUGAUCGGUUCAGAGCAGGCACCACCCUGGAUGAGAUCUGGCUGCACAUCCUGGACCCCAAAGACUCAGACAAGGGCAAAUACACCCUGGAAAUAGCCGCCGGGAAGGAAGCCCGGCAGCUCUCAGUGGACCUCUCAGGGCAAGCUUUUGAUGACGCCCUGGCCGAACACCAGAGACUGAAAGCCUUGGCCAUCAUCGAGAAGAAUCGAGCCAAGGUAGUGAGGGGGCUGCCAGACGUGGCCACCAUCAUGGAAGACAAGACCCUGUGCUUGACCUGCGUCAUCUCAGGGGAUCCCGCCCCUGAAAUCUUUUGGCUGAAGAAUGAUCAGCCCGUCAAUUUCCUGGACCGCUACCGCAUGGAUGUGAGGGGGACAGAGGUGACCAUCACCAUCGAGAAGGUCACCAGUGAGGACAGUGGACGCUACGGUGUCUUUGUCAAGAACAAGUAUGGCUCCGAGACGGGCCAGGUCACCAUCAGUGUGUUCAAACACGGGGAUGAGCCCAAGGAGCUGAAAAAGAUGUGACAGGUGUGUCCUGGCACAACCUGAGAUCCCGUCUGCAACAACAGCAGGACCAACCAGUGGGUCACAGCCUGGCACAGGCCAUGGUGGGGGAGAGGAAAGGGCACAGGGUGGGAUCCACAACAGGCGGGGAGGAGUGGACGGACACACCAAGUGGAGAAGGAAAGCGCGGCUAGAGUCCUUCGAGACCUCCAGGAUGGAGGGGUGAGCACUGGAUUUGGAAUAGGAAACUUAGAUGUGAGAUUCAUUCCGCUCUCCAAAACCUCACCUCUCUCUCAUCCAUCAGAUAAACACCCCAACCAUCCCAAGAGACAGUCAGAGGCUUCUCCAUAGGAGGCCACUUUGCUCUGCAGAGAACGAUUGGCAGUGUUGAUAUUCUGAGUUGUCACAACUGGAGGUGUCUGCUGUCAUCUAGUAGAUCAAGGCCACAUAUGCUGCUAUCCGAGACGGCUUCCCUUGCAUAGAAUUAGCCAACCUAAGAUGUCAACAGUGCAGAGGUCAACAAACCCUGCCAUAAACUGGUAUAUCAUAGGCUUCCUCUUUUAGGAGAUGAUCAUUUCAGGUCACAUAAGUUCAACACUCAUUUGAAGUGUGGCAUGCAGGCAGGCAUGGUCAUGCACGUCUGUUAUCCCAGCACUCAGGAAGCUGAGGCAGGAGGAUCAAGUGAGUUCAAGGCCAGCCUGAACUAUACAGUUAGACCUGGUCUCAAAAAAAAAAAGAUAAAUAAUACAAAGGCCACGCCCAUGUGUCCAUGAGGGAGACAGAACUGCAUAUAAAUGACAAGAGGACAAGGUAGGAUAAGUUUUAUAGAACAGAUCCAAGUAAAGUGCUACUGAUGGUCAGAGAGGAGAAACGCGGGUCAUCACAGCUGGGGGAAGUGGGCUUUGAAACUCCUUCCCACCAGGGGGCGGAAUUGGUGUGGGCUCCAAAAACUGAGUCCAGUGUGGCUGUGGAGAUGGGCGCUUUGGGAGUGGGCGUAGCGGGGGCAAAGACGAGGUAGAGGCAGGCAGCUGCCCAGGCGGCCGUGGGCACCAGCUUGCCUUGGCGGACCUUCUCGGCUGCUUGCAGACAGAGCCUCUGCCUGGUGUGACAGAUACUGGUUGGCCCUGCUUGAUGGAUCUCAAUGCAAAGCCAGGCAUUUCCCUGCUCUUCAGUUUUUUUCUUUUAAACACUAAGGUUAAAAAAAAGAAGUUAAAGUUGAGGGGAAAAAUAAAAUUAAAAAAAGAACUGGUUGGAGAGCAGAUUAUGGAAUUAUAGAUAUUUGUUGUAAAAUUUUUAGAAAAGCCUUGGAAAUUAAAGGGGAGAAAAUAAAAAUCAUGUGUACUCCCAACAUCGGGAAAUAA